AUGGCGGCCGAUUCGGGGCCAAAGUCUCUGCGUGAUAUCCUACUAAACUACACGUCUUUCCUUGUCACUCCUCUCCAGUGGACCUCGCGUCAUCUUGAGCUGGUGGGGUGUCGAUUUGAAGAUGUCGCAACUACUACCCCUGUCCAACCGAACCAACAAUCGGACCAAGGGGACAAUGAUGCUCGAAGUCUGUGCCUGAAAUCACCCCGUAAUGCUGAACUACUCGCGACCAAUCUGUUUCCUGCCAUAAAGCGCCAUUCUCUCACCAAUAUCUUGGUAUCCGAGACGCGCAUGUUCGCGCGGCUCAGUAACGGCAAGCCGCUCUAUUUCCAAGGCCGGCCUGUGCAUCAACCAGUGUAUAUCGUCUUUCAUCGACGCGAAACCCCCGCUAAUCACGUCGAAAACCGCCCACCCACACUGGUUGGCUAUUUGCAUUACACCAGCGUCAAUGGAGCCCGCCGGAGACAAUUCGAGCCUUGUCCCGGCCCAAUGGGUGCUAUGAAUUCCGUUGGCGCGAGAAUUUGUCAGAAGCGACUCCAUCAGACAACGCCGAAAGAAUGGACCGAGGACCCCUAUUUCGUAUGCCACUUGCUGGCCCUUGCGCAGUCUCAAGAGCAUACGCUAGGUUUUCCCCGACGAAUCGCUUUCACUUCGCGUCUUCUUGUGACCAACGUGUUAGAUCGAGAGAAUUUAUUUCUCUACGAGGCCGACAUCACAGCAGAGCUUCUGGCUGGGCUCAGGAACCCGCGGGAUGCGACUCGCCCGAUAGAAUGGCCUGUCGUUCGACGGAAAAGGAUUCCAUAUCAGCCCUACAAGAGCUUCUCGGACAGGCUCGUGGCGGAGCUUCUGGCGCCGAGUUCCUUGCCAUCCUACACCUCCAAUUUGUCACAGAAAGUAAACGACGUAAUUGACCGUGGCCAGAAACGAACACGCGAGCUAGAAGAUAGUAGACCCUGCAAGGCAAGGCGAACUUGA